AUGCUUGCUUGCUUGCUUGCGGCAGUAGCAUUCUUCUUUGGUAUUUCUUCUUCAGGUCAAGUCUGAAGCUAGCCAUUUCUUGUGCCAAACUGACACUCUUCAGUCUCUUCGCUUCUUUGUGUUCAUGGGCUUGGAGGCUUCUUGAUUUGGGUUUGGCUGGUGAGUGUGAUCGCCCAAUCGAGCAAGAAUCGAUAGGUUUCGAUUUCUACAUCAACGAGGUUACCGAGGAUUGCCCAAGAUGAAGAUGGAACCUUUUGCUUGGUUGCUGUGGAUUCUUGUUCUAUCCUCGAUUCUGGAGGAUGUGCGAGCACAAUCUAAACCGAUCUUGAUAAACUGCGGCUCAGAUUCUACCACCGAUGUGGAUGGUAGGAAAUGGGUUGGGGAUUCAUCUCCCAAGAACUUCACCCUCAGCUUGGAAGGAACAGUGGCCUCAGCUCCAACUGUUGAUGGAGAGGAGACAUAUGGAGAUUUAUACAAGGAUGCCCGCAUCUUCAAUGCAUCCUCAAGCUACAAGUUCAGUGUCGCCGCCGGCAGCUACUUCCUCCGGCUCCAUUUCAGUCAGCUGCCAGCCAAUUUCAGCACCAAAGAAUCACUCUUUGAUGUCUCAGCAAACAGCCUGAAGCUGGUUACCAAGUUCAACGUGCCUGCAGAAAUCGACUGGAGGAACUCCAAGACCAACUCCACCAGCCGUGCCAUUGUGAAGGAGUACCUUCUCAAUGUUACCUCAAGCAACUUGGUGAUCGAGUUCUCCCCCGACGCCGAAGCGUUCGCCUUCAUCCAUGCCAUGGAGAUUGUACCUGUGUCUGGCGACUCCAUUUUUGAUUCAGUUAACAAGGUUGGUGGCUAUGGCUUGAAGGGCCCUUUCAGUCUUGGUGACAGUGCAGUUGAGACAAUGUACAGGAUCUGUGUGGGGUGUGGCAAGAUAGAGAGCAAGGAGGAUCCCGGUUUGUGGAGGAGAUGGGAUUCAGAUGAGCAUUUCAUAUUCUCUCUGAGCGCUGCGCGCUCCAUCUCCAAUUCUUCCAACAUUAGCUAUGUGUCAAGUGAUGAUUCUGCGUCGGCGCCUUUGAGGCUCUAUGAAACUGCCAGGGUGACUACGGAGAGUUCAGUCAUGGAUAAGAAGUUCAAUGUGUCUUGGAGCUUCAAUGUUGACCCUGAUUUUGAUUACCUGGUCCGGUUGCAUUUCUGUGAGCUGGAGUAUGACAAGGCGGAGCAGCGCAAGUUCAAGAUUUACAUAAACAACAAGACUGCUGCUGAGAACUACGAUGUGUUUGCGAAAGCCGGGGGCAAGAACAAGGCUUUUCAUGAGGACUUCCUUGAUGCUGCCUCACCGCAGAUGGAGACUCUUUGGGUUCAGUUGGGAUCUGAGUCCUCAGCAGGUCCUGCAGCGACUGAUGCACUUCUGAAUGGCAUGGAGAUCUUUAAGGUCAGUCGGAAUGGAAAUCUUGCUCAUCCACCUGUGAGGAUUGGUGGUUUCGACAGUGGCAUGGGGAAGCCGAAACGAAGCCCCAAGUGGGUACUGAUUGGUGCAGCUGCUGGUUUGGUGAUUUUUGUGUUAAUUGUUGGUGUUCUUUUUAUAUGUUUCUAUUUGCGACGGAAGAAAAAGACUUCAGACAAUGAGACCAAGGAGAGCUCACCAGGUUGGAAGCCACUUGUGCUUCAUGGUGCUGUAGCAACUGGUACAAAUUCCCGCUCCCCGACUCUUCGCACAGCAGGUACGUUUGGGAGCAACAGGAUGGGAAGGCAGUUUACUGUUGCAGAAAUCAGAGAAGCCACCAUGAACUUUGAUGAUUCCUUGGUGAUUGGAGUUGGUGGUUUCGGCAAAGUCUACAAGGGAGAAAUGGAGGACGGCAAGCUGGUGGCAAUUAAGAGGGGGCAUCCAGAGUCUCAGCAGGGCGUGAAGGAGUUUGAAACUGAGAUUGAGAUCCUCUCAAGGCUGCGACACCGGCACCUAGUGUCCUUGAUUGGCUACUGUGAUGAGCAAAGUGAGAUGAUCUUAGUCUACGAGCACAUGGCAAAUGGUACCUUGAGGAGUCACCUAUAUGGAAGUGACCUUCCUGCUCUUACAUGGAAACAGAGGCUCGAAAUAUGUAUUGGCGCAGCCCGGGGGCUUCACUACCUUCACACUGGACUUGACCGGGGUAUAAUCCAUAGGGAUGUCAAGACGACCAACAUCUUGUUAGACGACAACUUUGUUGCAAAGAUGGCAGAUUUUGGUAUCUCGAAAGAUGGUCCGCCCUUAGAUCAUACUCAUGUUAGUACUGCUGUUAAGGGGAGUUUUGGUUACCUUGAUCCGGAAUAUUACAGGAGGCAGCAGUUAACCCAAAGUUCAGAUGUGUACUCUUUUGGCGUUGUGCUGUUUGAGGUGCUAUGUGCUCGGCCAGUCAUAAAUCCGGCCUUGCCGAAAGAUCAGAUAAACCUUGCUGAGUGGGCUCUCAAGUGGCAAAAACAGAAGUUACUUGAGACCAUAAUCGACCCCCGGUUGGAAGGAAACUACACACUUGAGUCCAUCAGGAAAUUCAGUGAGAUAGCCGAAAAAUGCCUCGCAGAUGAAGGAAAGAACCGACCUUCAAUUGGCGAAGUCCUGUGGCACCUAGAGUGUGCUUUGCAGUUGCACCAAGGUCAUUUGCAAAGUGCAAAUGCCUGUGAUUUACCACAGCCUGAACUGAAGCUAUCUGAUGCAUCUGUCGAUUUAGGGUGCAUAGAAGAGGUUGAGGAAUCCUGUCGUGCAGAAUCCCAGGAUGUGAAUGGUGAAUUCGUAGAUAUCAAAAUUGAGGUUCCAUGAUAAUGAAGAGCUGUCCAAACUAGUGGCUUCAAGCAACUGAGUAGGGUGAGUGUCCAAUUAACAACAUGUUUAGAUACAUUGCUAUCUUAGUACUGUAACACUAUAGAUGAGUGUCCCUACGAUGUACCGAGAUUAUUUUGGUACAAUUGGGAGAAAACUCUCUUUCUUGUUUCCUUUUCUUUUGUACUUGUGUUGAUGUACACAAGUUGUUGUGAUGCCAAUUUCAUUGAUUCUUUUGUAAAAUUCUAGAGCCAUAUGCAAUGCAAUACUGAGCAUUACCUGGAGAUGUGCUACAGAGUGAAUGGGUUUCAGUUCUCUUAUCAACUGUACUCCGUCUUG